GAUGCUGCAGCACGGCUGCUGGCUGAGACAGCUCGGGGCAGGACCCGGCGCUCGGGCCUCCGCUCGGCUCCUUUCUGGCGCCGAGAUGCCUAAAAAAGUUGGUGCGACGAACAAGGGUAAAAGCCAGAGCAAAGAACCGGAGAGACCACUUCCUGCCUUAGGUCCUGUGACAGUUGAUCCUAAAGGCUGUGUCGUCAUAGCCAUCCAUGCCAAACCUGGCUCCAAACAAAAUGCUGUAACAGAUUUGACAACUGAAGCCGUAAAUGUAGCUAUUGCUGCACCUCCAUUAGAGGGAGAGGCUAAUGCUGAGCUCUGUCGCUACCUUUCCAAGGUCUUAGAACUCAAAAAGAGUGAUGUAGUUUUGGAUAAGGGUGGUAAAUCUCGUGAAAAGGUUGUGAAGCUCUUGGCCUCUGCAACUCCAGAAGAGGUCUUGGAGAAGUUAAAAAAGGAAGCUGAAAAAAAAUAAAAACAAAACAUGAAAAAUACAUCUUUGGUAGGGCUGGCCCGUGGCUCACUUGGGAGACGGUGGUGCUGAUAACACCAAGUCAAGGGUUAAGAUCCCCUUGCCGGUCAUCUUUAAAAAAAAAGAAAAAUACAUAUUUGGGAAACUUUUUCAUUGCUAAUGAUAAAGAUGCUAUUAAAUAGAAAAAUAUAUUUAAAUGCACAGAAGAACAUGGGAGAAAAAUAUAUGUAUAUUCACAUAAGAAUAAGACUAAAAAAAGUAGAAAUUUUAAAAGUACAAUGAGAAAAACAGGUUCUAAAAUCCCUGACCACAAACAGCUUGGAACAUGUUAUUCUGAUUUCAUGACAUUACAAAAUAACAGAGCUGGAAAGGAUACUCAAGAUGACCUGAUUUAACUCUUUUCAUUCUGUGAUGGGGGUUCUGAUAUCCAGAAGCUUAGAGACUUGAAUUCAAGAUCACAUUAUGCAAGAUGCCAACUAGAACCCAGGUCCUUUGACUCCUGGUUGAAUGCAGUUUAUCAUGAUUGCAUAUUAAAGUAAAAAUGUCUCCACAAUUUCUGGAAUUCUGGGAAUUGCCUUCCAAUCCAGCUUACAAGUUACAGAGAAAAACCUAUCACACUGCUUUGUAGUCUUACCUUAUAUUUUAGGAUGCUUAUCUAAAUGCAAAAAAUCUUUUUACAUCUUUUAAAAACUAUAUUGCCAAUUUUGUGAAAAAGUAAAUGAAUGAUCAAGACUUGUUUUUUAAUAUUAAUUUUUUUUUUUUUUUGAGAAGUCACUGAAUUUU